AUGGUGGACAUGUCCAAAAGCCCAAAACUUCUUUACGUGAAGGGGAUGAAUCUUUCGGAGUCUGAGGGUGAUGAUGAUGAUCAGUGGGACGACAAGAAAUUAAAUGAUGCGUAUGACAAAGCUGUAAGAAUUGCUAACGUUGAGGUGGCGAAGCGCGUGGCUAUGUCUACAAACACUCAGGGUUCGACCAAUGAUCCUACAUUUUCCCCAAAAAAAGAGAAGUUAGCAACAAAACCAGCCAAGAAGAAAGCUACAAUCCUGUCUGCCAAUACCAAUGGAAUUGCUGAUGAUAAGCCAAAGGAAAUGAGAUGGAAACCUAGCAUGCCAUGUCGGCUGGUGUAUGCUGAAGAUGGCCUGGAGUAUGAAGCCGUUAUAGUUAGAAUUGUUGAUGAUAACGACUGUGUUGUCAAAUAUUUAGGCUAUGACAAUCAAGAGCUGGUGUCAAUAGAUUCUCUGAAACAGUCUCUGGGCAAGGAUGCUAGGGCCCAGCAGAUUAAGGAUGCGAGGAGAGAUCAGACUGAAGAUAGCUAUGGUAGCCUGUCACCCAAUGUUGAUGGUGCAGAGGCUGUGGAGUGCAGUGACAGGGUGCCUAGUCCUGAUAGUAUAGGAAGAUCAUCUCAUAAAAAGAAGAAACCAUCUAAAAAGAAAAAGAAUCAAGCGAGGGGUAUCAAUAUCAAUGGCUUUGAGCUGCCAGAGAUGCCACCCAUACCUAACUUGUCUAUGUUGAGAAAUCAACUAGGUUCAAUGGAAAUGCCAAUGCCGCCGCCGCCAAUGGCCCUCUCAAUGGACCGGUCUGACACCGAGGACCAAGCCAUAUCAUCCAUGCUGCUCAGCUGGUACAUGAGCGGCUACUACACAGGGUUAUAUCAAGGACUAAAAAGGGCAAAAGAUGGGCGCAGGAACUAG